CCCUAGACACGUGGCGGGUUCUCGUUCGUUCUCUAUGGCUAUCACAUUGCCUUGCAUUCCCGCCUCGUAUGGAGGAGGUUUUCACAGGCAUUGUGCUAGGGUUCUUCCCGGCGGAAGGGCGCGCUCAUGCGUCCGUGCUGCCGCGGCGGCGGGGGAUGGCGAGGGUGCUGUGGCAUCGGCGAAUGUGAAUGAUGUGAAUGAUCUUGUUGCAUCGCUCGGUGAUGCGAUCUCGUCGAAGGAUGCCGACAGCGUGAGAUUGGCGCUGGACAAGCUGAGCGAGGCGGGAUGGGCAAAGCAGUGGAAAUCUCAGCCCAAUGUUUCUCGUCGAAAUACGUACUUGCGCGAGCUAACUUCGCUGGGACUGAAAAACGCGGAGAAUCUCGCUAUUCCGAGUGUCCGAAACGAUCUCGCGUUCUUGGUGACGGUUGUAGGAACAACGAGCUUUCUUGCAGUUAUAGCGGGCCAGCUCCCCGGAGAUUGGGGAUUCUUCGUUCCUUAUCUGCUGGGAGGAAUCUCACUAGCAGUUCUGGCCAUCGGAAGCACAGCACCGGGGCUUUUGCAAGCUGCUAUCAACAGCUUCUCAUCGGUGUUUCCAGAUUACCAAGAGCGGCUUCUUCGUCAUGAAGCGGCUCAUUUCCUCAUUGCUUAUCUGGUCGGCCUUCCUGUUCUGGGAUACUCUUUAGACAUCGGCAAAGAGCAUGUCAACUUGGUCGAUGAAAAGCUACAGAAGAAAAUUUACGAAGGGUUUCUCGACGGCAACGAACUUGACAGGUAUCUGAACUCGAACUCCUUUCUUUCUUUUGAAGUUUCUUUCUAUUGUAUCAGGCUGGCUGUCGUUUCAAUGGCUGGGCUUGCUGCCGAGGCUCUAAAAUAUGACAAAGUUAUUGGCCAGUCUGCCGAUUUAUUCUCCCUUCAGAGGCUCAUUAACAGAUCCAAACCCAAACUCAGUAACGAACAACAGCAAAAUCUCACUCGAUGGGCUGUUCUCUAUGCCGGAUCACUUGUAAAGAACAAAAGCAAGGCGUUUGAUUCUCUCAUGGCUGCAAUGGAGAGAAAUGCCAGUGUUUCAGAAUGUAUAGAAGCAAUUGAAAUGCAGUAGAUUUAGCUGUUGCACCCACCU